GCACAACGAUCAGUUCUUUCAAUGGCUUCAGCUGAAGGAUUCUUGUUUGCAGCUCCCGGCUUCCGUCGUAUUCAGCAUCAGCUACACACAUAAGAGACAGGACGAGAAGCCAAUACGAAUGGAAAAGGAAAGAACGAGAUACGAAGGAAGUGAUGACGUCACGCUGAACAAUAGUCGAUCGAAUUGUCAUUCCGUGGGAAUGAACCGGAUUCAAGCAGUUUAAACUAGCAGAACUACGUUGUGCUAGAUCCAUAGAAGUAUAUAGAAACACUAUGAAGAGUGUGUCUAACUAGUAUAUCGUUUCUCUGGUUAGAUCACUGCGAUCAAACGCUCUGACGUCAUUACUAUCGACGUCACAUUCCAGUGACGUCUGAGACACGCUGCGCUGGUAUCGAGAGAUCUGGUGGCUUAUAUAAACCGCAAGCAUGUGCGAUAUUAGUGGCGCUGGCGACGUGAAGACGCUACUAGGCAUUCUAAACUCAACUCUGGCGCGUAACCACGGAGUCCUCAUCAAGGUGGAACACGUCGAAACGCCGUCGAGCGGCGCAUGCGCGAACCUGACCGCCGCUGACGGCAGCGACGCCGACGACGUUGACGCUUUCCUGUACAUCAUCAUCGUCAUCUUGUUCUACGCGUUCAGCAUCGUCAUAUUGAUGGCGAAGUACAUGCGACAAGAAGCCGAGAACGCGCUGCUGCAUUCCUACUACGUCGAUUUCGUGCGACGCGACAAACUCUACCUGACUCUGCCGCCCGUGACCGACGCCAGUUGCGCGCGGGGACUGCGAUCGCUAGGUGGCGUUGAAUCGGCGACGCGGGUUACGACGGGGUCGCGUACGGCGACAGCGACGACGACGGCGGCGGCGGUGACAAACAAUGAGAACACGGGGACAGCGUUGCCGUGCGUCACGGAGGUGAACGAGAUAUCAGAGGCGUAAAGAACCUUCGCACAUAUACGUACGUAUAUACACGUACGUACACGUAUAUACACGUACGUGGGU